AUGGCUCUCGCAGUCGCCGUUUACUCCCUAUCAGCCCGCGCUGCUCAAGACACCACAUCGAAUACGACGGAAUGCCUUCCAUCGUGCGCAAAACAGUAUAGAAGUCUUCCUGGGAUUGUUAUAAGCUGUCUCACCACGAUCUUUCUAUGCAUCUGGGUCUCACUCCAUCUCAACGUUCCCAAGCCUGUGGACACCAGGGGCUUGGGUCUGUUGAGGAGAUUCAAAAUCUGGAUAAAAUCGUUCAUUGGAUGCACGGCAGUUCCUGUCUUCAUGACACUGCUGUUCCCUGAAUGGGUUCUGGGCAUGGCGGUUCUUCAGUUCAUCGCGGCAUCUCGCGUGGCCAAGGGCAUCGAUGGUACUCGGCAACAAGGGUUCUUCAUCAUCAUGGGCGGGUUUCACCUCUUUAAACGAGGCCAAGGAUCUUCAUUGAAUGAGUCAGAAGAGUUUGGCGAGGAGGACACUAUUCCAUUGGUCCAAAAAUCGACAGGAGAGGUGGGAGGUGGGCGACGUACCGAUGUACAAAGCAAACAGAAAUUCAGCCCAUUCGAAAAGGAUUUUGGAGAACCUAUUCAUCCUCUUGAUGAGUUUGAUGUCUGCCGCCUUCUCAAGGCUGGGAAGAUUUGUCUCCCUACUUCUGCAGAGCUCCAGGACAAGUGCAAGAGCGAUGGUCUGGCCAAGUUCCUUGUCAUAGUACAAACGCUCUGGUUUAUCGCCCACUGUAUUGCACGAAAAAUCAGCAAACUCCCACUCACGGAACUCGAGGUCAUUACGCUUGGUUAUACCCUACUCACCCUGUCAAUGUACAUUGCAUGGUGGGAUAAACCAUACCGGGUGACAUUCCCGGUGCGUGUAUAUGAAACACUCCCCGAGCGUACAGAAGAGCAAAUCAAGGUGAAGCAGCAGAUGCAGGAACAUGCCAACUUUUGGUUUAUGGCCACAGCGUAUGCUUCGGGCACUCAGGGUGGGUAUAUUGACCUACGGAGUGUGAAACAAGUUCCAAUGUUUCACUCUGGGUACAAUGAUGAGAACAAUAUUAGUGAUAUCCUUGGUAUCAUUACCACGGGAAUUGUUGGGACACUGUUUGGUGCUGUUCAUUUUCUUGCGUGGUCCUCACCCUUUCCAUCCAGUCAUAUACAAUACCUUUGGAGACUUGCCACAAUUGUCAUGUCUGCAGCCCCACCUGCAUCACUUAUAACCUUUCUCUUUGCUUUCCUAAUUGGUAGCAUAUCCCCCCUCCUGGGUGGAUUGAUUGCAUUUGGUUUACUACCACUCUUUUUGCCCUUAUACUUGGUUGGCAGAGGAGUGACUCUUGUACUUGCAUUGGUGACACUUGCGACACUCCCACUUGAGGCAUAUCGAGACGUGGAGUGGUCCGACUUCUUCCCUCACAUCUGA